AUGAGAAUGAUCUACUUGGACCCUGAAAAAGAGAGCAACGAAGGGGAAGAUGUGGUGGUGUUCUUGUGUCUGAUUGAUUUCAGCCCCUUCGCGACCACACAUGGUUCCCAUAAAAAAUUAUGUUGCCCUCACCAUCUCUUAUAUCAAAUACCUAUUACACCUCCUUCAUCAAUUCAUCAGUUUUCCUCCCCAUCGGCUACGGUUCUACUGUAUCGAUGCUUUCUCGACGUACCGGUUACUAACACUGGUGGUAGAAGAAGACGGUGGAUCGGCGGUACCAUACCAAGCGCCUAUACAGAUGGCUACGAACCCCGUACCAAAUGGAUUCGUACCCAAUCGGGGUACGAAAGAAUUCCAAACGAUUCCCAGAUUGUAAAUCGGUACGGAGUCGAGAUAGUUCCAAAUCGGAAAGAUAUUAAUGCAGCCAUUGACCGGAUUUGUGAGUUCAUAGGAACUAAGAUAAUUUUCUGGGAUCUAAGGGUGCCAUUCAUUGAAAACCUAUAUAGACCUAGUGUUUCAGAGUCCAGGUUGGAAACAACACUCAUUGAGCCUCUUGAUGUGGAACCAAAUCAACUAUGUGAUAUCAGUGUGGAGCCACUAAGAGAUCGAAUUGAGUUGAAGGAUUUUGUUCCAGCCGCCAUUGAUGCUCUGGAAGAGGUUUUGCUUGAGCCGAUUGAAAUGACAUGUGAUCCAACCUAUCUUGUUAAUUUUGUGGAGUUAUAUACUGUGUUGGCUUCCUUUCAAUCUCAUGAAGGAAGGGUCCUAAACUCGCUUAAUGGGAUAAAAGACAUGAAGUCACGUCUAACAUCGAAAGCCGAAUACAUGUUGUCAGGUCGGAAGAGAAUGAUGUGGGAUAUUAGUUUAAUAAACAUCAAGAUAAUUAUUCCCUGGGAGAAUGGGAAGUCAGAGAUACAUAAAUUGGUACUUGGAUUAAUAGCUGUCACCUUUUCAUCCAAUCAUGAUGUUAGCUGUUUUGCACCGGAUAUCAACGUACCUUCUCAAUUCAUGAGGAAUUUAAUAGAUGACAACUCUUCAAGUGAGCUUCUAGAAGGAACUCAAAUUCAAGAUUUGUAUGAUCUCUUGGAAAUUAAACUAGUCGACUUCCAGAUAAACUUGUUUGUGCCAUUCUAUCCUACUUAUUAUUUUCCUAUUCUGGAAAACCUCAAUGCUUCUUCUGCUUUAGCAUUAUGCAUUUUUCAGGAUGAAUCAUUAUUGAAAGCAAUGGAGGUCAUACUCACAAAUGCAACAACAAUACCAUUUGAAGUCAGAUUCGAUAUCCCAUUUGGUGUAUCUCCCAAGAUUCUGGACCCUGUAUAUCCAGGACACAAGUUUCCUCUUCCUCUACAUUUAGCAGAAUUAGGUCGGAUAAGAUGGCGUCCAUUGGGGAACACUUACUGGAAUAUUAUUUCCUAUAGGGUCUAG